CCACACACACCUGACACCAUAUAAACCCAAUCAGUUGAUGUUGGUGUCAUCAGACCACAGGAUGGUUCCAGUAAUCCAUGUCUUAGUCUGCUUGUCUUCAACAAAACUGUUUGCGGCUUUCUUGUCCAUCAUCUAUAGAAGAGGCUUCCUUCUGGGAUGACAACCAUGCAGACCAAUGUGAUGCAGUGUGCGGCGUAUGGUCUGGGCACUGACAGGCUGACCCCCCCACCCCUUCACCCCCUGCAGCAAUGCUGGCAGCACUCAUACUUCUAUUUCCCAAAGACAACCUCUGGAUAUGACGCUGAGCACGGGCACUCAACCUCUUUGGUGGACCAUGGUGAGGCCUGUUCUAAAUGGAACCCGUCCUGUUACACUGCUGUAUGGUCUUGGCCCCCGUGCUGCAGCUCAGUUUCAGGGUCUUGGCCACCUUUCAGGGUCUUGGCGAUCUCCUUAUAGCCUCGGCCAUCUUUAUGUAGAGCAACAAGAGAGAGUUCUUUGCCAUGAGGUUCCAUGUUGAACUUCCAGUGACCAGUAUGAGAGAGUGAGAGCGAUAACACCGAAUGUAACCCACCCGCUCCUAAUUCACACCUGAGACCUUGUAACACCAACAAGUCACAUGACCCCAGAGAGGGAAAAUGGGUAAUUGGGCCCAAUGUGGACCU